CCCUUCUUCUUACCAAACUCAACCAUAUAAAUUGAAAACAUACCAUAUAAGAGGGGAGAAUGAACCAGUCCGACAAUAAUCCAGUUUGCCUUCUUCUCGAGCUGCAGAAUCUGAGCUAGGGUUUUCCGCCAAUCGUCUUCUUCACCGCUGCUAGUAGGGCGUUGCCGUUGUCGAAGUCUCUCCCUUCACCCACUCGUGCUAGGAGGAAGAAGGAAGUCGGGUCGGCGGCGUUGGUUUUAUCCGCCGUCGAGAUGCAUGCUGGAUUUGGGAACAAAGUCGCCCAGAUGAGAGGAAGUGGAAAGGACGCGCGACAGGCAGCAGUCGCCGGAGGCCGCACCAAAUCGUCUCCGUCAACGGUAGUGGGCCGUCGAUUGGAAAGAAUGGGAUCGGAGAGAAGGGAACGGGUUUCGUCGGGUGGAAACUGAAAUUGGUAGGGUUAGAUCGACGAAAAGGGGCUGGGCGAAAAAGGGAGGGGCCUUUUUGUUUUUUAUAUUUUUUAAAUAAAAAAAAUUAAAAAUAAUCAAUUCCAUCUGGCAACAAUAGCGUUGGAGACGCGCCACAUCAGCGACUCCCGUUAGCCUAGUCAACAGUUCAAGGACGUCCGUUAAAGUAUUAGACGGAUUGACUAUUUCUCUGUAUUUUUCAAAAUGUGGCUAUUGUUGGCACAAAGUGGAAAGUUGUGGCUAUGCCAGUGUAUUUUGCCUUUUAAUUUUUAUCGGUAAGAGUUAUAUUCGGGGCUUAUGCAAAAAGAGUCAAGCGGGUCCCGCCCUUCAAACUGUUUCUUGCUUUGCUGAAAACAACGGAUAAUCGAUGAAUUAAAACACACCAUCUCAUCAGUCAUCAAAGAAACAAACAAAGUUGCGUACACACUUCUCAACGGUAGACCCAUCCGCACGCCAUCCUCGCUUCCCCUUCCCGCCUUUUCCACGUCACCGCCCGUCAGUCACCCGCACCACCGCCGCCCCUGCAAACCAACCACCAGUCUUCCUCUUCAAUCCUCCGCAGCUCCGCCGAUUCCUUCUUUCCCGUCCGCACUAUAAAAUCCAACCGCCCGUCACCCUAUCUUAUCCCCCAUCUUUCUCUCCCGUGUCGCACCACCCGACCUUCUUAUAAUAAGUAACUGAACUUCCCCUCUCUUUUCUUCGUUACGGUCCUGCUGCUGCUGCUUGUCUUGGUAUUGACGGAAAAUUUCACCGGAGAAAUCAGCAAUGGCGAAAGCCAGUUCUUUUCCGAUGAGGGUGUUCCUCGUUCUGUCGCUGGUCGUCUUGUCCCGGGCGGCAGUGGACUUCGCCUCCAUGGUCGAGUCCAAUUUCCCGUCAGUUCAGGCUGAGAAGUUCAUUAGGGAUCUCAAUCUCUCACCCAAGGAGGACGUUAAUGUCGUCGAGGGCGGCGCAGCCCCACUUCUCAGCGAGGCUCCCACCGGGAAGAAGAUUGUGGAGAAGCGGAUCAGCUUCCCGAAUCUGAUUGGCGAGGGCGAGGUCGGAUUUGCCGUCGAGGAUUUGGGGCACCACGCUGGUUACUACAACAUUGAGCACUCUUAUGCCGCUAAGAUGUUUUAUUUUUUCUUCGAAUCUCGCAACAGUAAGAAGGACCCUGUGGUCAUCUGGUUGACUGGGGGACCGGGCUGCAGCAGCGAGCUUGCCAUAUUUUAUGAAAAUGGCCCUUUCAGCAUUGCAAACAACAUGUCUCUUGUGUGGAACAAGUUUGGCUGGGACAAGACAUCAAAUCUUAUAUAUGUUGAUCAGCCCACUGGGACUGGAUUCAGUUACAGCACUGAUAAGCGUGACAUUCGCCAUGAUGAAGCUGGAGUUAGUAAUGACCUAUAUGACUUCUUGCAGGCCUUUUUCACAGAGCAUCCUGAACUCGCAGAGAAUGACUUCUACAUCACUGGUGAAUCAUAUGCCGGGCACUACAUUCCUGCUUUCGCUUCUCGAGUUCACAAAGGGAACAAGAAUAAGGAAGGGAUCCACAUAAACUUCAAGGGUUUUGCCAUUGGCAAUGGCCUGACAGAUCCUGCAUUGCAGUAUAAGGCUUACCCUGAUUAUGCACUAGAGAAUGGGAUUAUCACGAAAGCUCAAUUCAAUAAAAUUAGCAAGGCUGUCCCAGUUUGUGAAAUGGCAAUUAAGCUGUGUGGAACUGACGGUACGGUGUCCUGUAUGGCUUCCUAUUAUGUUUGCAAUGGUAUAUUCAAUUCCAUCAUGUCUGCGGCUGGUACUAUAAAUUAUUACGACAUCAGGAAGGAAUGUGAAGGGAGCCUUUGCUAUGACUUCUCCAACAUGGAAAAAUUUCUCAACAUCAAUGCUGUUAGGGAGUCACUUGGUGUUGGGAAAAUAGACUUUGUGUCGUGCAGUCCUACCGUGUACCAGGCCAUGUUGGUUGACUGGAUGAGAAACCUUGAAGCUGGGAUUCCUGCUCUCCUCGAGGAUGGAAUCCAAAUGCUUAUCUAUGCUGGAGAAUAUGAUCUCAUCUGCAAUUGGUUAGGUAAUUCUAGAUGGGUUCAUGCAAUGGAGUGGUCUGGCCAGAAAGAGUUUGUAUCGUCUCCAGAGAUCGCCUUUGAAGUAGACGGUACAGAGGCUGGAGUACUGAAAACUCACGGACCCCUGUCCUUCCUCAAGGUCCAUAAUGCUGGGCACAUGGUUCCAAUGGACCAGCCCAAGGCUGCACUAGAGAUGCUGAAGAGGUGGACUCAAGGCAAACUAUCUGAUGCCACUGCCGAGGAAUCCAACCCGGAGAAGUUAGUUGCCGAGUUCUGAUCUUUGCUUGGUGGGCAAACAUUCAGAUGACAGGCUGCCUGCCUGGCUUCUGGUUUUCCUGAUGUAACCUUGUAAAUAAGUUUCCUUUUGUGGUAGUGCCUUGGUAGAAGAAGGUUGUAUGCAAGAUCGUGUUGUUCGAGUCAUGAAUAAUGUUCGUUACGAUAAAUGCGAGCAUGGUCGUGUACCCUGUUGUAGCAUCUGAUGUACCAAACCUCUUUUAUAAGUCUCUUCUUGUGUCUGCUAAUUUACUGCUAAAUGCCUCAACGGGAGUGAGAAGAAAAGAAAUAAAACAGAUGCCUCAUUAAAGUCAGAAUCAAGAAAUGAGGGAACCUAGU